GCCAGCCGCUGUACCAGGCAGUACCCCAUUCAAGAAAAAGCCAUAUCAGUGAGAGCAAACCCCGCGCACAAAACUACCUCCUUCCUCCCUUCCCUUCCCUCGCCGCCCGCAAACCGCUCCUUCACAAGACAAGAUCCCCAAAUCCCCUCGCCGGAGCAGCCCCAUUGCGCCGCCGAAUCAACGGUUCCGACGCGGGAGAGGUCUCUCGCAUCCAAGCACGCGCAUUGCGGGGGUAAUUGUACUUUAUAGAUGACUUGGUCGGCAACUCUUGAUUAUGGUCGCAAGACAAAGAAUGUGGACAUACGGCCAGGGCCAUUGCGCCCAGCAAAUAUCAUCAGAAAUAAAUUUCCUACCUACAAGAAUGGUUCAAACGGUAUAGUGAUCAAGCUGGCCGAUGGCCCAGAAGUGCCAGCUCUUAAGGAGGCUGUUGCCAAGGAGACUGUAGAUCUGCUUGAUCGUCGUCAGCGCCUCUCAGUCCGUGAGCUUGCAAUGAAGUUUGAGAAGGGACUCAACACUGCCACUUUGUUGUCUAAAGAGGUUAAAUGGAGACAAGUGGCUUUGUUGGAGCGAGAUAUUCUCCUGAAGAAUCUAAAGAGUGUACUGGAGUCACUGAGAGGUCGAGUUACAGGCAAAACUAAGGACGAAAUCGAGGAGUCUAUUUCUAUGGUAGAGAUUCUUGCAGUUCAGCUUUCCAAAAGAGAAGCCGAGUUACUUGAACAAAAAACAGAGGUCACAAAAUUAGCAAAAUCAUUAAAGCUGGCUUCUGAAGAUGCCAAGAGAAUUGUUGAAGAAGAAAGAGCUAAUGCCCAUACAGAGGUAGAGAGUGCUAAGUCUGCAGUGCAAAGAGUUCAAGAUGCACUUCAGGAGCAUGAAAAGAUAUCGGAAAAAACUGGGAAGCAAGAUUUGGAGGAACUAAAAAAAGAAGUUAGAGUGGCCCGGAGAAUAAAAAUGCUGCAUUGCCCUAGCAAGGCAAUGGAUCUGGAAAAUGAAAUCAAAACUUUACGUAAGACGUUCACUGAUAAGUCCGCGGAUUGUGUCAAUCUUUUGAAAGAGUUGGAGCUGCAUAAAAGACGAAAAGGAAACGACAUUCCUGUGUUUGAUUUGGAGGGUCUACAAUGCUUAGGUUCAAUACUACGCAUAGUUUCUCAGAAUGGUGCUGCCAUUGAUAUUUCAAAUAUUUCGGUCCAGUGGUUCCGGAUACACCCAAAAGAAAGCAACAAAGAGAUUAUUUCAGGUGCCACAAGAUUAGUAUACGCUCCAGAGCCACAAGAUGUCGGGCGGUACGUGCAAGCUGAAAUCAGCUUGGGAAAUGAAACUGCAAUAGCGAAGACAGCUGGGCUAGUUGACCCUGAUGCUGGAUUGGUGGAAUACGUAGAGACACUUGUACGAAAACCUGAAACUGAGUUCAAUGUAGUUGUGCUCCAGUUGAAUGGAAUUGAUCAGCCAAAAGAGUCUGUUCACGUUCUCAAUGUCGGGAGAUUGCGGAUGAGACUUUGUAAAGGGAAGGCAGUGGUGGCCAAAGAAUUCUAUUCUUCGUCAAUGCAGUUAUGUGGUGUUCGAGGGGGUGGCGAAGCAGCCUCGCAAGCAAUGUUUUGGCGGCCUCGAAGUGACCUGAGCUUAGCCCUUGCCUUUGAAACGGCGAGAGAGAGGAACACGGCGAUCAUGUUGGCGCGGCGGUUCGCCAUAGAUUGCAAUAUCAUCCUUGCGGGUCCAGGCGACAAGACUCCCUGGUGAAGAAGGACAGCACAGACUGGUGCUGGAUGCUUGCACCUCCGGUCCGGCCGGCGACCCAUGCAGACCAUACAUGUUGUUUGUACAUCUACCGUGCGCAGUGUGUUGAGUCAGCAUCCCUGAUGGUGUAGUCUGUUUGGGUUCUGUUUCUUGUAGUUGUUGCUGUGGUGGUGGCAGAGUCGGCACCGUGGGCAUUGUUUUAGCCGCCUUGGUGUUGUUCUGACAUCCUUCCCACGUUGCUUUUUCUACUUCGAGAUCGUCGUGAUCUGUUAGCUAAGCGUUUAUCUUUCUGUCUGAUACAUCCAUGACAGUGAGCUAAGCUUGACGUGUUAAAUAUCUGAUUGUGCUA